AUGAAUCUGGGAGAGAAAACCAUUUUCCAAGAUCUGACAAAUCAGGGGACUGUGGUAAAGCCCUAUUGCUGGCAGAGACAGAACCACAUCUGUGCUAAGUGUCCCUACCACAUAGGGACUGGUGAAGAAGCGAGGUUGCCUUACGCAGAAUUUUGCAGGGUCUUUGCUUUCCCAUACAGAUCAACAGCAACUCUCGCAACGCUCCGAAAUAAACACCUUCUCUUCUAUGAACUGAGGAGUUUCUCAGGCAGAGUAGUCCAAAAAGGCCAUGCUACAAACUGUACUGACCAAGACAACCAUCCAGAAUCUAUGCUGUUUGAGAUGGGUGGUUAUCUGGAUGCAGUUACAGAUGCCUAUGAAAACAUUGGAUGCAUCAUGCUCUGUUCAAAUUACUCUCCUUGUAACGAGGCUUACCACUGCUGCAUAAGUAAAAUCUACAACUUCUUGCUGAAGUAUCCAGAAAUCACGCUCUGCAUCUAUUUCUCUCAGCUUUAUCACACUGAAGACAGUUUCCCCCCAGCUGUGUGGAACUGGGAAGCUUUGUGGAGCCUCUCCAGCCUGUGGCCUCGGGUGACUCUGCAGAGACUGCCUGGGGCGGCACGGCAUUACCUCCUCUGCAAUUUUGUGUACAGCAUCCCAGGGUCAACCCUUUAUCACCCAGCACCACCAUCAAGAACCCUAGCAGACGAACAAAAUCCACAUCAAAUUAACAGCUCAAGAGGAAUGAAACCAUAUUUGAGGAAAGCCUUUCUACAAGUGAUGCAGGGAAAGCCUGCUGUGCAGCAGAGCUUAAAGGCCUUUUCUUCUCCUAGCCUGGCCUCCCAACAGCCUUUCCAAGCGAUGAAAGGCAGUCUGCUACCUCCAAUGUCUCAAAGCGACUUGGUGCUUUUCCCAGGCAUUUUUCUGCCCUUUCAGAGGGAACAUCUAUACCCCAGACCUAAAAAUAUUGUAAGGCAUUUAAAAAUGCCAAAGGAAUAA